AUGGCGUCCCGCCUUCUUAAGAUCCAGGAUAUGCCAACGGUGUCCCAACUGUACCGGAACAGGCAGAUCGAAGCCUCGAAGAACGACAAGCUGCCGUCACCAAAUCAGGAGUUCAACAACAAGGUCUGCACCAUCCAGUAUGACAUUACCAAGCUGGAUAUCGACGCCAUUGUCAAUGCGGCCAACACGUCUCUGCUAGGUGGUGGAGGAGUCGACGGUGCCAUUCAUCGCGCGGCUGGCCCUCAGCUCGUCGAGGAGUGCCGCACGCUCCAUGGCUGCGACACCGGCUCUGCGAAGAUCACCGAAGGAUAUGACUUACCGGCCAAGAAGGUCAUCCACACUGUCGGACCCCGAUACAGAAGUGAUGAAGCAUCCGAGCCUUACUUGCGCGGAUGCUACAAGACUUCUCUUCAGUUGGCGGUUGACAACGGCUGCAAAAGCAUUGCAUUCAGUGCAAUCUCAACAGGCAUCUACGGUUACCCAGGAAGCUCGGCUGCGAAAGUCGCCAUCGGCGAAACCCUCAACUUUCUUGGUACCCCCGCAGGCAACCAACUUGACAAAGUCAUCUUCUGCAACUUCCUCGACAAGGACGUCAAGAUCUACGCAAACAUUCUACCACAAUUCUUCCCGCCGACCGAGGCUGACCUAGCCGAAGCUAGUGAGUAUCACGACGACUCUACCCCGGGAGAUAACUUGCCAACCUCUAUUCAGACCCGUCCGAGGGAAACCUUUAACACUUCUAACCCAUUCAACUACAACAUCACUAUCAAGAUGGGCAACACUACUUCCCGUACUCAGAAGACUCACAACGCUACUGGCGAGAGCAAGAACGCUGCGGACAAUAGCGUCGACAAGAUCAACGAAUGGGCCAUGGUUCCGACCAUUGGCGAAGAAGAGCUUGGUGGUUUGGUGACCGACCUGGAUCUCAACGAGGCCUUGUCCAUCGUCGGCGCGUCUCGCAAGGCGAGCCUCGUCCCCGCUGUGGGCCCCUGCGAGAAGGGGGAGCACCAGUGGGAGAUCUACACCGCCGAAGCCACCAAGGGAUUGUGGCCGGCCGGAAAGUCUCGCUGCACGGUGUGCGGCAAGUGGGUGGCCGCCUAG